AUGGAGGGCAUUCAUGGCAACGGAAAGAGACGCGCCAAGCUCAUCGGGACCAACAUUCAGAACAAGACCAAGCGACAACGACAGAAAGCAAGUGCCAAGAAACUCAACAAAGCCAGAGUUCAGCGGCAAGAAUGUCGACGUGUACGAAGACAAGCCACCAAAUAUCUGCAGGGCUGCACUGACCAGUUGCGGGAAUUGGACAGUGCCAAUUUUCAGAACGAGAGGCUUGCCUUUCAGAAGCUUUGCUCAUUGGGAUGGGCAAAGAAACCGAAGAAGUGUCCAGAGUGUCUCUCCAAGAUGUCGGCUCUCACGGAGCGCUGCACAAACAGUCUUGGCACAACAGCCUUUUUUCGUUGCCGAGCCCGAGCUUGUCACAGGUGGUGGUCCUGCUUGCAGUUUACGUUCUUGAAGGGCACUUACCGUGGACUGAAUCUGCAGCAGCUUCUCCUGAUCCUGCAGACCGUUUACUCCAUUCAUCCUGAGCGACAUGGACGGGAGAUGCGCUGCGUGGAAGCAGACUGUGCUCGGUCUCAGCAGAAAAAGCGGUCACUGACGGGAAUAGUCGAGGUGGACGCAACAUCCCUGGGAAGUUUUGUGCGUGGCCAGCGCAGAUACCACGUUCAAAUCUUCGGCUUGGCACAGAGACCGGAUGACGCCGGCAACGGACUUCGUGUACACGUUUUUCCGCUGUCCUUGGCCAACACCUCUCCUCGAGCUGUUACCCCCGUGGAAGACUUGGUGCGAGUGCGUGCAUGUGGUGGCCUGCAAAGCAUCAACACUGCCAAGUGCGACGCUCUGGUUUCCGACGGGGCUCGGGUUUACCCCUCCGUCGCCGACUCAUUAGGUGUGCCACAUUACCACGUUUCCCACGGUGCCGGGGUGUGGCGAAAGAUGUUCCGAAGGCGCAGGAAACCUGCCAUACAAGCACAUUCUGGCUCCAUAGAUAAUUUCUGGAAACAGCUCCAGGAAUGCAUGCCCGCCAUGCUGGCCAAGUCCGUGCCAGGCUCUCCGCCUCAGGCGAAUCCCGAGCUUAUGAGUUAUGUCUUCCAGUUCGUUUUGCGGUACCAUCACGAAGGCAACAUGCUUUCACUGAUGCGGCUGCUGGGAAAGUUCUUAUGCGAGAAGCAUUUUGCUCACCAGAACUGGUGCUGA